GGUAGCUUGAACGUUACGCCUGUAUUUAUGCAGCCGCCGUCAAAUAUUGCUCUCAGUUUUCCGCGACACGUCCUUCGGCUUGCAAAUAGUGCAGAGCUCGGAAAAAGACAGACAGGCAUCUCGCGCGUUACCAUAGCCACUGCUAGACGGUAGAAAACGGAAUAGUCAGAAUAAGAAAAGUGUGUCGUACCGGAAUGUGUUCUUACUAAAAUCAAAUAUCAACCUUGUGGUGCAAAAUUACGACGACGAGCCUGGCUACGACGGUGAACCAAAAUUGAUGUGCGUUUUUUCCCAACGUGGAAAUGAUCAAAAAUUUCCCCCGAGCAGAGGUCAACAUCUGGGCUGAGUGGGGUGUGUACCACUGUCAGAGUGGAUGUGUGAGAAGCAGAUAAAAAUGAAGAACAUGGUUUCUAGAUUGUUAUUAGUGCAGUGUUGCUAGCUCUCCACUGGCAAAAAGGCAUCGUGCUUACUACGGGAUCAAAUUACCACGAAAUUCUCUUCUCCAGCCAAGCGUGUGUGCUUUACGUGAACCAUGUUAAGAUACCUGCCACUAGUGAUAUAUCAGUAGUCGCAUUUUUGUUGCCAUUCAGUAAAGUUGAUUCAACACAUCAUAAUAAAGCCCCCUGCGGAGUGGGUAGUGCUCAUGUUUCUAAACUGCGUGUACAAGCUAUGAUAGGGAUGCUGGGACGACUGGCCCACUAGGGAGGACUGUUAGUGUUUUCCUGCUGUAAGCGCUCUAGAAGACUUUCGUCAAUCACAACCGCAAAGUGGCAAAAAAUCUGACUACUGGAACGUGGUCUGGAAAAACAAACUGCCGAAGGAAACAAUAAUAUCAAUUAUAAUCUAAACAGAAGACGCCUACACGCACGACGCUCCCCUGCACAUAAUCUUCGCGGUGCAACCAGAACCCAGCUAACAGAUAACCAUUAUUCGCAUCACGCAAACUGCGCUCCGGUAGCGAGCAUUUGCCCGACGCUACUGGUACAUAGAGGCCUAAACAAAAUGGGAAGCCUACCAAAUUUGAACGAACUGUCGACGGAGCGGCUGGAACGGCGACUGGAGGAACGCGAAAGGAUUUUGGCCCGGGACCGAAUCAUCGAGAGAGACUUUGCCCGUGAUAGGGAUGCGGUGGCACGGGGACUCGAACGGCCGGUGUUCGUACACCAGCAACAGAUUGCAGCUGCGAAGAGCUUCUUUCAACAGAAGCACCCUCCUAUGGGAAGAAAAGUGAUGAGAACACGCAGUUCCGGCCAAGCGCAUCACAUUUGGGAUGACCCUAUGAUAGAGCAAUACCUCAACAGUUACUCGCCAGCAUCCUCGCGCAGCCAUCGAUUGAUUAUCGCGCCAACCCUGACCGGCGGGUUCCCCUUUCAAAGCUCAACGCUUGGCAACCGACGGCGAGAUUCCGGCAACAGUUCCAUCGGCGCAACAUCGGUGCGUCGAUUACUCACAGUCAAUAAUCGAAGCUACGGUUGUCGGCACAAGAUUCCUGCACACGUCCGAUCAAAGGUUAUCAAAACCUUUAUUCUGCUCACAAUUGCUCACGGACUGAUGUGCACGGCUUUGUUUCCAUUGAUAGGACUUCAGGGCUCAAAUUCUACGUGGUUUCAACAGGAACCAUGGCUCGCGAUGGGUCCGGAUGUCGGGUCUGGAUUGCUUAGUCUGUGCUGUAUAGUGACAGCAUGUAUGUGCCUGGUAACGACAAAGCUUCUGCGCAGAUUUGGUUACACGAUUCUGUUGGCCCUGGUUUAUGGAGGAUUGUGUGUGUUCUUAGCUACACAUAUCUAUCCGGUGCUCGUUUCAUUAGUUCCCGGAUACCUCGUGCUCGGAUUAGUACUGGGACCAUCGGUUAUUUGCAAGCAAGCGCUAGUGGUUUCGAUGGCCAGCAAGCUAAGCUGCUCACAGCCCGAGUGUGGUGGAAACAGUAUGGCUGGCAUCAAUGCUGAUAGUUAUGAUGACCAUAAACUGCUAUGCAGCAAAGAUGAAAGUGUUCGAAGACUGUGUAGAUGGUAUCGUGCAGCAGGUGAUUUCGGAAUUAUACUGGGAGCUUUAAUAGCGUCCUUUAUCCUAACGUGUGCCUCAUCUAAUAGAGCUGGUUGCUACUACAUAUCGGCACUUCCCUCCGUAAAUACCACUAGAUCGGUUACUACUCAGUUCAACGGCACAGCGUCGAACAGCAUAGCAUUCAACCAACCAUCUAUUGAAUUUUCUCCCACUUCGACUAGUGACACUCUAGCGGAUCCGAAUCCAACCACCAGGGUGACCACUCCUAGUAUGCCUAGUUUUAGGGAGACUUUAUUUUUCCUGUACAAUGUUCGUAUGCAUCGCAAGGAGGAAGAUGACGGAUUUCAGCUGGACCGGUUUCCAUAUAGUACAUUCCAAACUAAUGAUCACGGUGAACGAAUCUGUGGAUCUUACCUUUGUCCCGUAUGGGAACGAAACAUACCGCUCAACAGCAGCUCACUGACAUCGCUAAGCAUGCAGGGAUCCAGCGAAACCAGUCCCCUGAUGGGAAUAUACCUAAUUUUUGGGGUGAUUGCGCUGACCAUAACUGGCUUCACGACGGAUAUCGAGCAUAACGUUAAAUUCGACUCGAUACGAAAGAUGUCGGACACCUUGCUGUUCGCCGGACCGAUGGCGUAUUUCAUUGGAACCGAACAAGGCUACAUGCUGGCCGAUUUCAUGAAGGCAUUUGUAUCGUGCGAGCUUGGACCGAACAGUGUUGCCGGAGCAAUGAUCGGAUUGGGAGUUAUGCAGCUAAUCGCUGCCUGCACAUUGAGUAUGCUAUUGAGGCAUACCAAACGAGUGGUCGUGAUAAUCGCUGGUUUUAUCUUCCAUGCCUGCCUUCUACUAGUUUUGCUACGCUGGAAACCUUCAAAAGAUGACAGUGCCGUACUGUACGUCAUACCGGCCGCCUGGGGAGUAUGCAAUGCGGUUUGGGAAACGCUAAUCUCUGCUCUGGUCACCCUAACGCACUCAACCAAGGUGCCCGAGGUCCUGUCACCGCUGCAGGCUCUCCGAUUUCUAGGCCUGGGAAUCACAUUUGCCGGCCACGGAGUACUCUGUGAAUCGCCGAAGAUUAUCAUCCUGGCCAUUUUGCUUGUGAUCUCCGUUGUUCCCUACACGAUGUUGGAGCUGAAGUUGGAAAGUCAACGAAAGGCCGCUAAAGUUCAUUUAUGACGAUUCUGUGCUCACGACUAUUAAUGCCUACUGAAGCUAAAGUACUUCUAAACGCGCUCAAUUAGAGGUAUUUUACGGGAAGACGUUUCUAGCCGUCAGUAAACGGUGCUUUAUUGUGCUGGCAAAUUUUUAAUUCCGGUAAAUUUGGCAUUUUCCGCCGAAAAUGUACCGUUUCAACUUUUUGCUUCAUUUAGAGGAUGCUGUCCCACAGUUGGACAUCUAGUGUCAAACAGCAUGUUCGCUUCAGGUAGAAUUAGAUACUUAUCUAAAGACGGAAUUUUAAUGACUUACUUGUGUUCCUCUGACGAUGUAAAAUAAGAAAUCUAUGUAGAUAUCAGGCACGGCGCGUAAAAACUUUAAAUUUAUAUCAAAAACCCUGAUAAAACUCCGGUUGUCAAGAAACCAAGUUAACAAAUUAUCAUGCAUUUUAUACAAAAAUGGACGACACAAAAUAAAAUUUUACGUGCUGCCGUAGUUGAAGAUGAAAAUUAACACUUACGUUAUUACAACUUUAAACAAAGCACGAAUCAAACUAUAAAUUUAAUGCUGGCUUCGUUUUUAGAUUCGAGUCGCUCCAGGUUGGCUGUAAUGUUUACGAAAGCCAUUUAAAAAUGUUAGUUUCAAGUAAACCUACAGUGACUGACUUAAAAAUGAAAUCAUAAAACUCUGACAUUAGUUACUGAGAUUGUGAAUCAAAUAAAUUAUUGUUGAUUUGAAAUGAAGUAUUUCAUCUAUGUAAUUGCUCGAUUACUCGAUUGCUAACUCGAUAACAGCGGUAAGGAUUUUAUGUAACGAUCGCUCCAUCGCUGAAAGUAGAUACACUGGAACCUCCAUUUACGAACUUAUCCGGGGGUUCGUAAAUUGAAUUAGUUGGUAAAAAAAGUGUUCGUUUUUUCGAAGCUAUUUCAUAAAGUUCCCCUACCAAUAUGGGUAUUUUUGGAACGCGAUUAUCAGGUUAAUGAUGAAAAUGGAUGAUUGGAAUCUUUUUGAGAUCCAAGAAUUUAUUUAAACCGGAAGACGCAAUCUUGGAUUUUAAAAUAGCUUCAGAUCUCGAUGUCCGCCAUGUGUUAGGUCAACCCCAUUUCGAAAAUACCCAUAGUGUUGAGGUUAUAGAGAAUUUAUCUAAACCGGAUGUCGCCAUCUUAAAUUUGAAAACGGCUUCAGAUAUCGAUUUCCGUAAUGUACUCGUCAGCCCCAUGUUGUUGAGUUUACAGAGUUUAUCUAAACUGGAAGUCGCCAUCUUAAAUUUCAAGAUGGCUUCAGAUAUCGAUUUCCUUCAUCUACUCGUCAACCCCAUUCCAAAAAUACCUGUAUUUUUGAGGUUAUAAACCUAAUCUAAACCGGAUUUCAAAAUGGCUUCGGACAUGGAUUUGCGCCAUGUUCUCGUCAACCUUAUAUCGAAAAUACCCAUAUUUUUGAAGUUAUAGAGAAUUUAAACCGGUAGUCACCAUCUCGAAUUUUAAAAUGGCGUCAGGUAUCAUUUUCCGUCACGUACUCAUCAACCCUAUUUCGAAUAUACCCAACUUUUAUUAGUAACAGUUAACUAAGAAUAAUGUUAAAUUGUAUGCAACUUCGUACUGUACUGUACGUACUUAAACUUUUUUUAUGAACUUGGUUCGUAAAAAGAGUUCAAUAUUCCAACUUUAAUUCGUACAUCGAAUAUUACGUAAUAAAGAGUUCGUAAAUAGAGGUUUCAGUUUCAAAUCCGGUCAAAGGUCAAUAUGCGUUAUCUGACAGUAAUUGAGACAUUGGGCCGAAUGCCGUUUUUAUUAGCGAAUUUUCCCAAAAUUCCACGCGGCCUUUCCUGAUUGAAAGGAACGGCCCCGAUUCAUGUAACACCGCGCUUAGCCAAUCUGUCAUAAUGUUGCAAAUUUGCAUAACGAACGGCUGAAUGCCCUACAUUAUGCAACGUUCUGUACAGCUUGAGUAUACCAGAAGGACCAUUCAUAAAUUGCCCAAAAUUGACUGCCUCUCCCCCUAUGUAAUAAAUUGUCACAAAUUUCUUUAUCCCCUCCUCUACUAUUACGUAACAAAUUCUUAAAUAUUUUUUUCUUCGGCAAAAACACGUUACGUAACAUUGUAGCUUACACCCCCUCUCCCAUAUGACACAAUUUGCCGCCCUCUCCCCCUAAAAGCGUUACGUAAUUUAUAAACGAUCCCAGAUGCAAGUGGUGCCAAAUUCACCAGGAUCAGUAAAAUUCAAAAAUUCUUUUUAAAUUACAGAAUUGAUCAAAUUGGUUUAAUGAGCUAUACUUAUCAAUCAAAUUCUGCUUUAAAAAUUGUCCUUUCGUUUCAACCAAAAUGGGAUGCUUAUUACUACUGCAAAUAUCAAAUAGAGCCGCGUUUAUUAAGCAGUUGGUGCGGCGUGUACGUUUCGGUGAAUGUCUUAACACCUUUAAUUUGACCAACUUUAAUUUACCCCUAUCAUACUGCUGGAUUAACUGUCAGAGAUGCUUACCGAUGUAUACUUGACAUACAGUGUCAAAGAACGUAUUUACAUUUUCGUAGAAAAUUUAUUAACACAUAAUAGCUCCGAACUCUUAAGGGUUGGACAUGUAUAUUGUUAUAUUUAGAAAACUGAGCUCUAUCGAUUUAUGUAAUAAAAGAAGAAAUUUAUUCUUCACUUAAUGACCCAAUUAGGGUUAGAACCCUAUUCUGUUUCGGGGUAAGGCAAAAACAGAAUAAGUCAUUGUUCACUUCUGUUGUCAGCUUCGGGAAACGAGAAUAGGUGAUAUUUGUUUAAAAAUCGGUGUCAAAAAUGUUUGCAAUGUUUUAGAGAAAAUUUGUGGAUACCAUAAAUAUUGAUUUUGGCCAUAAUUAUUGAAUUGUCGACGCCAGAAAGUUAACCAUAAAUCAUAUUGUAAUUUUGCACUAUAAUCCAAAAGUAACCGAUAGCGCUAACUCCGCGAAACAGCCUAAACACGAAAAACUUCCCUCGGCAGUAGCUUCCAACACUGUCGUAGAUAGUGCCAGUGCUAUACGUUAAAUGUGUGCGCCAUGAUGCCUAUUUUAUAGUAAGAAUUUGUAACAGGCUAGGGUAGGGUUAGUUGCCUAAAACAGUAUUUACUCACAGCAAACCCGGAAGAGUCUCAUUGGCAACACUGUAAAUACUAUCAACUAUUGUGCAUUGAACACUAAAUUGAACACAGAGUGGGCGCACAUUUCUUAAAUGAGUAAUAUAAAAGUGCAUGUUUGCGUUGAAUCACUUAGAAGUGCAAUGUACACCAAUUCCUAAUGCGUCAAAACUUUUCAACUGGUUUCAUUUAAAGCUCUUCAGUGGAAUAAUUUCAUUAAAUCCCAGUAAGAUGUUUUACAGCCUUUUCAUUUCUUUAUCACUUUACUUGAUUAAGUAGAUACCUACGUGUAUUUCAACCACAACUUGCCGUCAGUGUCAUUUUCGGACGAAACUUUUGAAAACCAGUAGGCUGAAACAGUUCUGACGAUACACACAAAGUGAUAGUGGAAUUGAAAGGUUAUUAAGGGGCCAUGCAUAAAUGACGUAGCAUUUUGGGGAGUAGGGAGGGAAUACCAAAUUUGUGACGAAGUGUGACGAGGGGGAGGGUAGGGUCAGAAGUUGUACGACGUAGCAUUAAGUUUAAAACCCAUUGUUUAGAGAAAAUAAUUUAAUGAUCCUCCAUUCCCAAGAAAAAUAAUUUUAAAUGCAAACAAGUUACUUUUGAUGCGGUUUUUAUUGAGGUAAAUUUUACGAUUCGCGUAAUUACAAGUUCGCAAAAAUACGAAAAGAUUUUGUAUGCGGAUUUAACUUGCUACAUUAGUUAGCUAAUGUUGCUAACUAGUAGACUUAGUUUGGAAGCUGAAUUAAAUUUUCACUUCGGAUUCAACCAAACAAAAUUUAGUAAUUUAGAUGAACGUAUGGUUCUUAGAAUCAUUGGCAGCUGCACGAUCGUAAAAUGAGAGAACUUGUCUUCAUGCUCCCCUUGACAUACAAAAUUCAAAACAAAACUAUCAACACUAUAUUUGUCAUGAAAUGGGCUUAUUUUGCAUGCAAUUUGCUGUUAUAAUGAAAAUGUUGAUAAAAGUCGUCAAACAUUUUGAAAGGACAUGUAUUAACCUUCCGACAGUCGCGCUGGUGCACUGAGUGCACGCUGCUCUGAAAAGCUAGCGAAUCGUCUUUGGGCACCGGAGGCUGCUCGUUGAGUGGGCCAUAUGCGCGACUUCCGGAAGAUUAAAAAUAAUUGAAAACUAGCAAAAAAUAUUUUGUAAUUUUAAGUUUAUUUUCAUGCACAUAUUUGGAGCAAGAAUAUAAAUAUAAAAUUAAGAUCCACCACAAACACACACGACUUGUCGUGCUUUCUUCAACUAAUUUUAUUAUAAUUUUACACGUGGAUUGAAAAUUACAGUUUCUUUAAACGGAAAACCAAUGCGCUUCUUAUGUAUUUUUACUCGAAUACUGCUGUAAAAUGAAUGACAUGUAAUAUUACACGAUUGAAAGUGUAAAAUUGUAUGCUGUUUGAUGCUCCAAUUGAUUUUAACGUAAUUUUCAAUCAAAUUUUUGAAUCAAUCGUUGUAUGUUUACAUUCGUAUUGAUGUACAUGUCGUUUAAAUUUCAUUAUUUUUUGGUGUGAAACAUAUGCAAUUUUUUUUCAUCACCCGGGCGCUUUGCAUGGG